UCCCCUCCCGCUGCCGCGGGACUCGCUCUACAAGGAGGCGCAGCCCGCAUAGCGGCAACAGCGUCGCGCUGCCCCCACUCGCACCCACAACACCACCGCAGCGAAAAGCAGCCUCCUUUUCCCUUCGCCCCCUCCCCCCGCUCUCUCAUACCUCUCGCGCACUUCUUCCUCCCACUCCCACCCACACCUGCCAGGCCGGCCGGGGCGCCCCACCCCCCUGGCCUUGAUGACUACUGCCCCCAACAUCGAGAUGAUCGCCUCCUCGCUGCGCCACUGCUCCCUCAACGGCGGCGGUGGCGGCGGGAGCGGCCGGCGCCGGGGAGGCAGCGGCAGGCGCCGGGGCGGCGAGGGCGGCGACGACAGCGAGGGCGUCACCGUCGAGCUCAACUCCGACGUCGCGCUGCCCUUUCACUGGGAGCAGUGCCUCGACAUCCGGACGGGGCAAGUGUACUACAUCAACUGGGAGGACGGCACCCGCACGACGGUGGACCCGCGCACGACGUCGGCCUUCUCCUCGCCGACGCCGCGCUCGACGUCGUCGGCGUCCCGGCGCACCCGCCGCGCGUCCACCCCGUCGUCCGGCUACACCUCCGUGUCGUCCGUGGGCGUGGACGUCGCCGGCGCGUGGCGGGGCGCCGUCGCCGGCAACGACAGCGGCUACGACAACGACGACGAGGAGGAAGAGGACGAGGAUGAGGACGAGGAAGAAGAGGACGGCGAGGAUGACGAGGACGAGGCUGAGAGCAGCAGCACCACGAGCAGCAGCUCCAGCAGCACGGGCAGCAGCCGGGGCUCGGCCGUCUCGUCCACGCUCUCGUCCUUCUCCCCCACCGACGAGUCCGGCUCCGGCGACAAUGGCGGCGGCCUCGGCGCCGGGCACGUGCUCGUGGCGGCCGGGUGCCGCGCCUGCUUCAUGUACUUCAUGGUGCCCAAGCGCGCCGACGUGUGCCCCAAGUGCGGCAGCUCCGGCCUCCUCCACCUCAGCCGCAACGGCUACGCCUGAGGUCGAUGGGGCCAGCCAGCUCAUCGCCGCCGCCGGCGCAACCGCCCCGGCGCCGUAGUUCGCUAAUUGUAGGGGGACCUCUUCGCAGUCGUGCAAGCUCUGUUGCUUAGGCCUUGGUAGAUCUUCGAUAAGACUAGUUUUUCUUGCAGAGAGGUCCCCAAAUCCAAUCUUUGCCAUUGAUUCCUGCUACAUUGUACGCCAAUUGCCAAUGUAUGGGAGCAGAGAACAAUCUUUUCCUGAGUUCUUUUUUUUUUCCUUCUUUUCAUUUUUCGCUACUGUAUUUUCCCUGGAUGUCACUGUUUUUUUCCCUUUCACCUCUGCUUCUGAAAUUCUAACAAGGUGGAGAGAGACUAACCCCUCUUCUUCAUUUGCUCUGUUCUUCAUUUACCCUCUCAGCUUCAAGAAUAA